CAUCAGAAACGGAAAAAUCGCUCUCACGUUCUGCAUACAGAAUUCAAGUACUGAGAACGCGGCAGAAACGCUUUGACGAGGGGAACAGAAAACCAACACGUAAAGUGGGACAGUGUCCCAGUUCUCGCAACGUAUCCGUUUCCCAUUGAGCCUUAGCCCUGGAAUACUCUCCCGACAUGCAUCAUACCUAGGACAAGCAAUAUUAAUCCCAGAUCACGCCUCUUCCGCCGAUCCAGUCAGCAGACGAUCUCUCCCCUCUAUUCUCUCCUCGUCCUCAACCCUCUCUGCGCUCGGCGAUGAUGCUCCCAGACACCACAUGACCGAGAUCGACUGCUUCUCUGUCGCUUGCGCAUGUAUGCUGAACCGAAAGCAGCCAACGCAGCCUUACUCCCAUUGGUGCUUGCUUAUAUUGUCAUCCAUAAUCGGCGGUGUUUUACUUCAAGUGCACCAAAGUUGGGAAGAGGAAGUCGUUGUAGUAUAUGAGCUCCUCGGAGUUACGCGUUUCGAUGGCUCACGAGGGCGCCAGCAGGGACGAGCCCCCGUGCGUCGACACGCUCGGGGCCCAGCGCAUGCCCAGCUCAUUGAAUGUGCCCUCACUGGUGCCUCCACCUAUGAACAAAUACACCCCAAUCCGGUCGGAAAAGCCAGCAGGAAGGCGUAAUGGUCGUCCGAGGGUAGAGGGUUUCUCCCAGGGUUUCUCCCGUGGAACCUCGACAUAGCGUGGUCAUGAGUUCUAUUGGUGGAAGCAUAUUUAAAGUCGGUAUAUACUGCGUCUGGUACAAGUUCGACUCUGGUCUAUCCCUACUCCAG